AUGAGCAAGGUCAGCCCUUCUGCCGUCAGAGAAGUCCUCAAGGCCAUCCAAGCCGGUUCCGAGGAAAAGAAGAGAAACUUCACCGAGACCGUUGAGCUCCAGAUUGGUCUCAAGAACUACGAUCCCCAACGUGAUAAGCGUUUCUCUGGUACCAUCAAGCUCCCCAACAUUCCUCGUCCCAACCUUUCCGUUUGCGUUCUUGGUGAUGCUUUCCACUGUGACCAAGCCAAGGCUGCUGGUAUGGAGUUCCAAUCUGUUGAGGAUUUGAAGAAGCUUAACAAGAACAAGAAGCUCAUCAAGAAGCUCGCCAAGCGUUAUGAUGCUUUCUUGGCUUCCGAUGCUUUGAUCAAGCAGAUCCCUCGUCUCUUGGGUCCUGGUCUUCACAAGGUCGGCAAGUUCCCUACUGCUGUCUCUCACAACGAUGACUUGCAAGCCAAGGCUGAUGACAUCCGUGCCACCAUCAAGUUCCAACUUAAGAAGGUUCUCUGCUUGGGUGUCGCUGUUGGUCACGUUAAGAUGACUGAGGAUCAACUCGUUGCCAACAUCAUGCUUGCCAUCAACUUUUUGGUCUCUUUGCUCAAGAAGAACUGGCAAAACGUCAAGUCCCUUUACCUCAAGUCCACCAUGGGCAAGCCCCAACGUCUCUUCUAA